GUUAUUUUUAAAUUUUGAAUAAUAAAUUAAAUAAGAGAUGAAACCAGUGCUUCUACAAAGAAGAGAGAAAAUACAGAAAAGAAAGAAGAACAAGGGGAGGAAAGAAAAUGAUGUUCCUAGAAAGACAAUGGAAAUAAUUACAGAUCACGACACUGAAUAUUAUAAUAAAUUCAAUGGUGUUGAAACUUCUUCUAAACCGAUGCCUGUUUCUAGAAAAACUGAACACCAUAAAGAUGCUGUUUCUAGGAACUUGUUCGAAUGUUUCCAAAACGCUACUGCUGAAUCUCAGCCUAUGAUGGUUGCAGAUUUUAAUAAAUUCCACACUUACGACCCACAUCAACAUGAGGAUCGGUUCAGUGUGAGCCAGAAUGCAACUCCUCAGCAGAGGAAUACCAACAAUUAUCCAGUCUAUUUUGUCUCUCCGACUCCUGAGAAAACGAAUAGUUCGAGGGAAGAAUCGUCUAUGAAGAAUGAUAGGUUGAGACUAACUCAAAAGUCAAAUGACGUAGAGAAUGUCCUUAUGAUGAGUGGAGAGAAGGAUAGCGUCUACACCCUUGGCCAGGACUCAAUUUCCUCGAAGAGUCAGAGAAACCUAGACAAGCCAAACCAGACUAAAUCCAGAAGAGUAAAAUCAGGCGGAAGAAAUAUUAAAUAAAGAAAUUAGGAAGUGGAUGCGAAAGCAAAAUGAGUUGAAUAACUUCAUUAUGGACUCUGAAGAAGGAGCCCAGGCCAAGUCUCACCAGUUCUUCACAAAAGGAGAUAAUGAUUUUAUCAAAACAGACCUCGUUCAAGAUGAGAUAGACGAAGAAGAGAAAAAUCAGUCAGAGGAUGAAGAAAGUGAUCAAGAAGAGCCGCAGGAAAUUGAGACAGUUAUUAUUAAUGACUCUAAGGAUUUAUGAUAUAAUCAUAUUGGAAAUGAUAUGAGAGAUGAGCUUAGUCAAAACUCAGAUGAGGAAAGCAAAGAGUAUGAAAUUACUGAAGAUGAAGAUAUUCUUCGAUAUACUACAAAAGAAAAAGAUCUCGCAGAAGUCUCUGAGUUGCAAAAUAUUUUAUUCACUGAUGGAGAUAAUGAACAGAUGAAAGACAGUCCAACUUUUAGACAACAGUUGAGAGAGUCUGAGUUAUCUAACCAACAACAGAAAGGAGAUAUAAAGCAAAACACUUACCCUCUAAUCCCUCUCGAUAAAAUACAGAAUAACAGUCAAACCCACAGCCCAGCUCCAAAUUAUCACUCAUAUAGCCCACUAAAUAUCUCCGAAAUAGAUCGAGAGAUCAAGAAUAGUCCCAAUAAUCCUGCUUCAUUCCCUCAAAGCUGAAGUCACAGGAGUAGAUCCUUCUCACCUAAUACUCCUAAGAUGAAUGUGCCGAAUACUCACCAUAGGUCUUACACCCAGUUGAACCAGAACAAUUUUGAAGACCUAAACCUUCAAAACCUUGACAGAUCACAACAAUUCGUGCAGCAGCCAAUGGAGGACCACAGCUCAAAGCUGAAGAUUUAUGAAGAGAUCAUACAGAAAAUGAGUGAAGAAAUGAAGCGUCUCAUCAUCAGCAGAUGUGAGCUCCAGAAGUAUGAGAAAAUGGAAAAGAAUAUGCAUGAAAUGCAGCUAAAUAUGAACCAGGAAAAGAUGGUCCUUAACCAGAAAAUCACUAAGUAUAUGCAAAGGACUCAAGAGCUUGAGAGCAUCCUAGAGGAAAAAGACCAAGAAAAUGCUCAGCUUAAGUUGAAUAUUGAGAGAGUUGAGAACCAGAAUAUUGACUUACAGCUAGAGCUGAAGAAUAUUAAUACAACCAAUGCUAGAUAUUCACAGUCUGAGACUGAACUUAAGAAUAAAAUUGAGCAAGGGAAAGCUAGGAUAUGUCACCAAUCAGAGUCAAUCCGCAAAUUAGAUGAAGAAAACUAUAGUUUAAAGUCUGAAAUUCAAAAUUUACAAACUGAUAUAGUGAAUAUGGUCAAUAUUGAAGAUUCCCUCAGGAAGGAACUUACAUUGGAAGCAUACAGGAAGAAAGAGCUGGAAGAUUCUUUAAGCCAGAUGAAAUCAAAGAUCUGCCAGGAUAACAUCACUAUAAGACAUCUGAUAAGCCAAAGUGAGCAGGACAAGAGACAGAUCUAUCAUCUUAAUGAGUCCAUUAAGUACUUAAAAACUGAAAACCAGGAUAUGAAAAAGGAAAUUGAGUUGCUUAAAGAGAAAUCAUUCGCCCUUGAAAAACAAAACUUAUAUCUUUCAAAUAACGUUGAUAGUAAAGAUGAGAGAAUUGAGGAGCUUAUGAAGGAAUGUCAAAGAACAAAGUCUUUGUUUGAUACUCAAAGAGAGAUUGUUAAAAAGAAUGAAACAUCUCUUAACAGAACACCUUCCCUAGACACUCUUGAAGUUUUCAAAGCUAAUAAAGAUAAUACUCUAAGAAUGCUCAACGAGAAUUACAAUACUGAGAAGAUUGAUAACAACCAACCUCAGAUGAAUUUUACGCCUACUGAAACUGAGAAGAAACCAGCUUUAGAUCUAAAUGACUUGAAUAUAAAGGAAGCUCCUUUGACUUCGAGGAACAACCAGAGUAACCAGGAGUCAGAUACUUAUCCGUACUCUAUGAGGAACCAGUCUUCUCUAGGCUACUUAUUCAAUCAGGAUGAACCACAGAACAACAAUCUGAACAACCAGAGGAGCAAUUGGCAAUCAAGAUCUUUCAUAGGAGGUCAGGAUCAGAAGGAAAAUUUGCCAUCUCAGAACUCUAAAAAUGAAGAGGGGAACUUCCAGAUGCUUAGACGUCAAUGGCAAGAGUCUGUGAACAAUAAUGGGAAUGGUAUGAGAAGUCUCUCCAGAGAAAACUAUCGCUAAUGGACUUUAUAUUCAAUCGAUUCAACAAAG